CCCCACCGUCGCCGCCGGGGCCCGGCCAUAAAGCGGCGGCCCCGGGCCUCGGGUCCGCUUCUUUCGCCGUUCCGCCGAGCCAUGGCCGCGGCCCGGCGCAGGGCGGCGGUGGGGCUGGGGCUGGCCGGGGCGGCCUGCGCCCUGCUGGGGGUCUGCCUGCUGCUGGCCGGGCCCGCCAUCGUCAAGGAGCAGGUGGUCAAGAACGUGAGGAUCAACCCCAGCAGCAUCUCCUUCGGCAUGUGGAAAGACAUUCCAGUCCCCUUUUACCUGUCGGUGCACCUCUUCGAAGUGGUGAACCCCAACGAGGUCCUCGAGGGAGGGAAACCAAUCCUGAACCAGCGUGGGCCAUACGUUUACAGAGAGUUCAGGUACAAAACAAACAUCACAUUCCAUGACAAUGACACUGUCUCCUACCUGGAAUAUCGGAAGCUCUUCUUCCAGCCAGACUUGUCUAAUGGCACCGAAGAUGAGUACAUUGUCAUGCCAAACAUCCUGAUGUUGGGAGCAUCUGUCAUGAUGGAAAACCUGCCAAACUUUGUGAAGCUUUUACUGAGCGGGGCCCUGGCUGGCCUGAAACAGGAGGCCUUUAUGAACCGGACGGUGGGGGACAUCCUGUGGGGCUAUGACGACCCUCUUUUAGACACAAUAAAUAUGAUUGUUCCUGGCCUGAUCCCGUUCAAGGGGAAAUUUGGCAUGUUAAUAGGGUUUAACAACUCCAAUACCGGAUUGUUCACCGUGUACACGGGCAUGAAGAACAUCAGUAGAGUUCACAUGGUGGAUUCAUGGAAUGGGUUAAAGAAGGUGAACUACUGGCGGAGCACCGGGUGCAACAUGAUCAAUGGGACCGCGGGGGAGAUGUGGCCGCCGUUCAUGUCCCCGACGUCGUUGGAGUUCUACAGCCCCGAUGCCUGCAGAUCCAUGACACUGGUGUACGAGCAGUCGGGGGAGUUUAAGGGUGUGCCCACCUAUCGCUUUGUGGCCCCGAAAACACUCUUUGCCAAUGGCACGGACUAUCCCCCCAAUGAAGGCUUCUGCCCCUGCAGGCAGUCCGGCAUCCAGAACGUCAGCACCUGUAGGCUGAAUGCACCGAUGUUCAUCUCCCAUCCUCACUUCUACAACGCCGACCCAAGCCUGGUGAACGCUGUCGAAGGCCUGCAUCCCAGCAAGGAGCACCACGCGCUCUUCCUCGACGUGCACCCGAUGACGGGCAUCCCCAUGAAUUGCUCCAUCAGGCUCCAGCUGAAUCAGUACUUGAAGCAGGUGUCUGGUAUAAUUCAAACAGGGAAAAUUAAGCCAGUGGUGCUGCCGCUGCUGUGGUUCGCAGAGAGUGGAUACAUUGAAGGCUCAGUCCUAAAGCAGUUUUACACCAGCCUGGUGCUGAUCCCAUCCAUCCUAGACUACCUGCAGUACAUCUUCCUUGGGCUCAGCGUCCCGCUCAUCAUCUCAGCUGCUGUACUCAUGAUGAUGAGUCAGAAGCACAAAAUCACAGAAUCAUUGAAGUUGGAAGGGAUCAGUGGAGGUCAUCUGCAACACCCCUACCCAAGCAGGGCCACGUAGGCCUGGUUGCUCAGGGCCAUGUCCAGAUGUCUAAAGUAUCUCCGAGGAUGGGGAUACCCCUCACUGCUAUGUGCAGCCUGUCACAGUAAAAAGAAAAAAAAAAAAAAAAGGCAGAUGUUCAGCUCAAACCUUUUGUGUUUUAGUUUGUGCCCAUAACAUCUUGUCCUGUCCCUGGACACCACUGAAAAGAGCCUAGCUCUGUUGUUUUUGCACACUCCCUUCAGAUGCUUAAAUACAUGGGUGAGAUCCCCUCAAGCCUUGUCUUCUCCAGUCUGAACAGUCUCAACUUGGCCUUUCCUCAUAUGAGAUGCUCCAGUCCCUUACUCAUCUUUAUGGUUCUGCUUUGGAGUAUCUCCAGUAGCUCCACGUCUCUCUGGUUCUGGGGAGCCCAGAACUGGAUGUGGUACUUCAGCUGUGUCUUGAGUGCUGAACAGAGGAGAAGAAUCACCUCGAGCUGCUGGCUGUACUUUGCCUGAUGCAUCCCAGGAUACCAUUAGC